AUGCCUGGGUCAAACGACAAGUACAUAAGAAAUAAAGGUCUUUUUCUGAGGAACCGGUAUCGCCAAAAAGUGUUCGAUACUCUUAGAACAACAGGUCAGGGUGACACUGGUUCUUCUUUCAAGGAAAAAAAUGAUUGUAUCGCAGGUGUUGCUGUGCUUGGUGUUCAUGGUGAUGAUGGUAGCAGUAGUAGUAGUAGUAGCAGUAGUAGUAGUAGCAGUAGUAGUAGUGGUAGUAGUAGUAGUAAUAGAAGAAACAGGCUUACCCACUAUCCGGUCCUUGUUCCUCCUCGUUGGCCCGUUUUCGUCGUCGUCGUUGGUUUGGUUUUGGUGCCGCGCGGCGAGGGCGAGGACUGGAUCGUGUCCGCUCCUGUUAGGUGCCUGUUGAUGGUGCUGGUAGAGGGCAGGGCAAGUUAUUGCCGUUGCUGGUCUGUAAUGAUCGGUAUUUGUGAUGAUGGUGGGAUAAUUUUGGGGUGGUCGAUUGGAAUGGAAUGGAAUGAAAAGGAGGGCGAACUUUUCAACGAUACGAGAAAAGGGGACGGUCGUGAGCGAUAUUGA